CGAUGUGGCGAGGCUCGGCCCCUCCUGCCCGGCCGCCACCCGCCGCGGCCCGGGGAGGCUGCGGGAGAGGCCGCGGUACCGCGGGGGAAGCUGCGGGAGGCCGGGGGCGCGAGACUAAAACCGAAGUGGCGCUGGCGAAGAACGGACAUGCUUGACAUUUAUCUGCAGUUGCCUGUGUUGUGCUUCGUUAUCUACUCGAAAAGGAGAGACUGAGACCCCGUUGUUUUCACCCUUGACUUCUUCUCGGGUUAUGAUAUAACUGUAAUAAUAAAGCAAAACUGUGGAAAGAGCACCUGGUAACUGAGCAUGGUAGGAUCUUGAACUAAAGUAGCUGGUAUCGACGGAAAGAGGAAGGGAAGGAAUGGCAUCCCGAGAGAGGCUGUAUGAGCUUUGGAUGCUUUACUGCAGUAAGAAAGAUCCAGACUACCUGAAGCUCUGGUUGGAUAGUUUUGUUUCUAGCUAUGAACAGUUUCUGGAUGUGGACUUUGAGAAGCUGCCAACUAGAGUGGAUGACAUUCCACCAGGAAUAUCACUGCUUCCUGAUAACAUUCUUCAGGUCCUCAGGCUCCAGCUGCUACAGUGUGUCCAGAAAAUGUCAGAUGGCCUAGAAGAGCAGCAGCAGGCUCUGUCACUUCUACUUGUGAAAUUCUUUAUCAUCCUUUGCAGGAAUUUGGCUAAUGUGGAGGAGAUUGGGAUGUGCUCAUACAUUAACCAUGUUAUCACCAUGACUACGUUAUACAUUCAACAGUUAAAAAGCAAAACUAAAGAAAAAGAAGUGGAAGAUCAGACCCCCAUAGAAGAAUUUGUGAGACAUGCAUUGGCUUUUUGUGAAAGUCUCUACGAUCCAUAUCGAAACUGGAGGCAGCGAAUAGCAGGACAUUUCCUUAGUACAGUUGAAAGGAGCAGACAGAAGUAUAAACCAGCUUCCCUCACUGUCGAGUUUGUCCCUUUCUUUUACCAAUGCUUUCAAGAAAGUGAACAUCUCAAGGAAAGCCUGAAAUGUUGCCUGCUGCAUCUCUUUGGAGCUAUUGUGGCUGGUGGUCAGAGGAAUGCUCUUCAAGCAGUAUCUCCUGCCACCAUGGAAGUCUUGAUGCGUGUUUUAGCAGACUGUGACAACUGGGAUGACAGAAACCCUGAGGAAGUGAGCAGGAAGGCAGAGCUGACUCUGAAGUGCCUGACAGAAGUUGUCCAUAUCCUUCUAACCAGCAGUUCUGACCAGCGUCAAGUGGAGACAAGUACAAUAUUGGAGAACUAUUUCAAGUUGCUUAAUUCAGACCAUUCUGCUUUACCUAAUGCGAGGCGAUGCAGGCAGUGGGAGAGCAGAUUCAUAGCACUACAGAUCCAAAUGCUGAAUACCAUCACAGCCAUGUUAGACUGCACAGAUAGGCCUGUUCUGCAGGCAAUUUUCCUUAACAGUAACUGCUUUGAGCAUCUCAUUCGACUGUUGCAGAACUGCAAGGUGUUUCAGGGACACCUGGACUCCUUGGCAGUAUCAACCAUUCAAGCCCUCACAGCAGUAAUGCACAAGUCUCCAGCUGCAAAGGAAGUCUUCAAGGAGAGGAUUGGCUAUGCACACAUAUAUGAGGUACUAAAAUCACUGGGUCAACCCUCACGGGAAUUGCUGGAAGAACUCAUGAAUAUGGCUGUUGAAGGUGACCACAUGGCUGUUGGGAUACUAGGCAUUAGUAACGUCCAGCCCUUAUUGCUGCUUAUCCAGUGGCUUCCAGAACUCGAAUCACAUGAGCUGCAGAUUUUCAUCUCAAAUUGGUUGAGGCGAAUCUGCUGUAUUAACAGACAGAGUCGUGCCACGUGUGUCAAUGCAAACAUGGUCAUCCGGAUCAUUGAGACACUCAACUCCCACUCUGCCCUCCACUGUACUUGUGCAGAGAACCUGAUUGCCCUUCUGGGCUCUUUGGGGAGCCAGUCAAUGGGCUCAGAAGAACUGCUUCAACUGAUACGGCUCCUGAGGACUGAGGAGCCCAGAGGAGCUCACCCUUACGUGGUUCCAGUGAUGCGAGCCAUCCUGGCGAUGGCCCGGAAGCAGGGCAUGGCCAGUGCCUUGCAGUACUUCAACUUGCACCACAGCAUGGCCGGGAUCGCUGUGCCAGCAAUCCAUAGGUGGCCGGGCUCUGCGUUUUCUUUCAACGCGUGGCUCUGCCUUGACCAGGACCGGGUGGACCCCAGCACGACCAGCAAAAGUGGCAAGAGGAAGCAGCUCUAUAGCUUUUUUACAGGAAGUGGUAUGGGGUUUGAAGCCUUUAUUACAUGCUCUGGGGUAUUGGUGGUUGCAGUUUGCACAAAGAGGGAAUAUGCAACAGUGAUGCUGCCUGACCAUUGUUUUUUUGACUCUCUCUGGCACAACAUAACUAUUGUUCAUGUGCCUGGAAAGAGGCCCUUUGGUCAGAGCCUUGUGUAUAUCUACGUCAAUGGACAGCAGAAGGUCUCUGCCCCACUUCGAUUCCCUGCUAUGAAUGAAUCUUUUACUUCUUGCUGCAUUGGUUCAGCUGGUCAAAGAACAACAACUCCUCCUCCAUCUCAGAUACCAGAUCCGCCUUUUUCCUCCCCAGUUAUGCCCCAUCGGACAUCACUUGGGGGCAUUCUCUCUACAGGAAGUUGGGGUGGGGUGCUUGGGAAACCAGAGCUCAUCACCAAGAUGAUCUCAGCAGGGACUCAGGACAGCGAAUGGGGGUGUCCAACAUCUUUGGAGGGCCAACUUGGAUCUGUUAUCAUCUUUCAUGAAGCACUGCAACCUUCUCAGGUGAAAGCAUUAUAUUUAGCAGGUCCAAACUGUUUAACUCCAUGGAAGUCUCAAGAGGCCGAAGUAGCAGAUCUCCCCAGUAAGGUGCUGCUUCAUUACACACCAAAGGCCUGCAGAAGCCCAAUUUGUCUUGAUCUGUCUGCAAACCUUUUACAUGGAAGACUAACUGGAAACAAAGUAGUGAACUGGGACAUCAAGGAUAUGAUCAACUGUAUUGGUGGAAUAAAUGUGCUGUUUCCAUUGCUGGAGCAGAUCGGCUUUCUGGGUGGACAGAUGCCUGAGAAAUCUGAGGGGGAAACUUUACCUCCAGAACUAGUAACUCCCGUAGAGGGAGACUGGGUGGUGUUCUCAUCCACAAAGGCAUCAGAAGCACGUCUGGAGAAGAACAUAGUUGCGACUUUCAUCUUGAUGAUAAAACACUUUAUUCAGAGACAUCAUGUUAAUCAAGAAAAUCUCAUUCACUCCCAUGGAGUUGCCACCCUAGGUGCCUUGUUACAGAAGGUGCCAAGCAUCUUAAUGGAUGUGAAUGUACUGAUGGCUGUACAGUUGUUGAUAGAACAAGUAUCAGUAGAAAAGAACAUGCAGCUUUUGCAACAGAUGUAUCAACACUUACUUUUUGACUUCAGUAUAUGGAACAGUGGUGACUUCCCCUUCAGAAUUGGACAUAUACAAUAUCUUUCUACAAUCAUCAAAGACAGUAGAAGACUCUUCAGAAAGAAGUAUGGUGUGCAGUUUCUUCUAGACACACUCAGGAUUUAUUAUGGGAGUGGUUGUAAAGACAGUGAUUUGGCUCCCGAUGACCUGAGAACAAUACGGACAUCCCUGUACGGACUGAUCAAAUAUUUCCUGAGCAAAGGUGGAACACAUGAAGAAAUACAGAGCAUUGUAGGAUACAUAGCUGCCACCAGUGAUGAGGAGCAGCUCUGUGGAAUUUUGGAUGUUCUCUUCAGCCUACUUCAUUCCAGUCCAACUCCAGACCAGCUUUUUUUAUUGCUUUUUGAACCAGGGAAUGCUGAUAUUCUUUAUGCUCUGUUAUUGCAUCAAAGAUACUCUGACAGGCUUAGAGAGCUUGUGUUCAAGAUUGUGGAAGAGAUGCUGAAAUGUACCAAAGUUUAUGAACGUAGUAAGCACCGUAUGAGACUCAGAGAAGUGGGAUACUCUGGACUGGGGCUUCUUCUGAAUGAAUCACCAGUUCCUGUUUCCCUUAUUAAAAACCUUCUUAACCAAGUUCUUUACGCAGGUAUUUGGCAAGGGAGUGAUAAUGAAAUCUUACUGUGUAUAAUGUGGAAAGGUGUUGAAAAAUCUGAUGAUGAUGCUUGGAUCGAGAGAGGACAGGUGUUCUCUGCACUGACCAAACUGGGGAUGUCUAAUGAGUUGCUGCGACCUUCUGAUGAAAUAAAACUCAGCUUGCUGGAGAAGAUGUUAGAAUGGUCAGUCACUGAUAACAGAGAUUCAAAAGCUCUCCCUACACAUGCUGAAAAUGCCUUCAAGCUCUUGCUAAUUGUACAAGAUUUCCUGCAGGCAGAAGGACUAAUUAAUUCAAGUUUAUGGACAGAAAAGCUCUUGGAAGAACUAGUAACUCUCAUGGAUAGCCUGUCAGUCUGGUACUCUGCUGGCCUAGAAGCAAUUAGGCUUUCACAGGUCCAAGUCCAGUUGCUCCUUGGAUUCAUUGCACAAGAUAACUUACAGGUCUGUGCUAUGGCAGCAGCCAAACUAAACACCCUCCUGCAGACUAAAGUAAUAGAGAGCCAGCCUGAAGCAUGCUACCUCUUGGGGAAGCUGGAAGGCAUUUUGAGUAGAUCAAUUGAAGAGAAGACAGAAACUUACUCAUUUUUGAUUCCCCUUGUUCGGACAUUGGUAUCCAAGAUUUAUGAACUUCUUUUCAUGAACCUGCAUCUCCCUUCAUUGCCUCCUACCAAUGGCAGCCCUUCUUUCUUUGAGGACUUUCAAGAAUACUGCAGCUCUGAUGAGUGGCAAGUUUAUAUUGACAAAUAUAUUAUUCCAAAUAUGAAGCAGUAUGAAGAGAACUCAUUCAGACAUGAUAAUGAGCAGAUGGCACUUUAUUGGAAAGUUUGUUAUGAAGGAUUUAUGGUGAACAUGCACAAGCGAGACCGGGAAAGAGGAGAAAGUAAGCUUAAAUUUCAGGAGCACUUUGUGGAGCCAUUCAGCAGAAAGGCUCGACAGGAAAAUCUGCGGUACAACAGUAUGCUAAAGCAACUGAGUAGUCACCACACAGCUACUCUGAGGCAGUGGAGAGCAGCCCAGCUUUACUUGUUCUCUGAACGUGGUCCUUGGUCUGAAAGGAAACAACGUCCUAUUCACUGGAAACUUUCAAACGUGGAAAACUUUUCACGUAUGAGACUAAAACUAGUGCAGAAUUACAACUUCAACUCUCAUCAGGAUGCUAGUGACCUGAGAGAUAAUUUAGGCGUGCACCAGACACAGCCCUCUAGUGAGUCUCUGCUUCUGGAGGUGGUGAAGCAGGUCAAAGUGAGUGACUUGGAAGAUGAUGUUCUUGAACUACCAGAUGAAGACACAGCAGCCAGUUCCAAUUUGGAUGACAAGGACGAGGAAAGUCAGAAAGAAAAGCUAAUAUUGUCAGAAGACUGUGAACUCAUUACAGUAAUUGAUGUGAUACCUGGCAGGCUGGAGAUCACUACACAGCACAUCUAUUUCUUUGAUGGUAGCAUUGAAAAAGAGGAAGGGGUAGGUUUUGAUUUCAAAUGGCACCUUUCUCAAAUUCGAGAGAUACAUUUGCGUCGGUACAACCUGAGGAGGUCAGCUUUGGAGAUCUUCCUUACAGAUCAAACCAACUACUUUCUCAACUUCAAUAAGGAGGUACGAAAUAAAGUAUACAGUCGAAUAUUGUCACUGCGUUCCCCAAAUAUUUCUGGGACCAGAUCUCCACAGGAACUUUUUAAAGCUUCGGGAUUGAUGCAGAAAUGGGUGAAUAGAGAAAUAUCCAACUUUGACUACCUUAUUCAGCUGAACACGAUGGCAGGACGAACUUACAAUGACCUUGCUCAAUAUCCUGUGUUUCCCUGGAUUUUACGAGAUUACACUUCAGAAGAACUGGACUUGAAUAAUCCUGCAGUCUUUAGGGAUCUGUCCAAACCCAUAGGUGUGGUAAAUGAAAAGAAUGCUAAGACUGUGAAAGACAAAUAUGAGAAUUUUGAGGAUCCUCUUGGGAUGAUUGACAAAUUUCACUAUGGGACACAUUACUCAAAUGCUGCUGGUGUCAUGCAUUACCUCAUUCGGGUAGAACCUUUCACAACACUUCAUAUCCAACUUCAAAGUGGCAGAUUUGACUGUGCUGACAGGCAGUUUCACUCUAUUCCUGCUACCUGGCAGGCGCUCAUGGACAACCCCAAUGAUGUCAAGGAACUUAUUCCAGAGUUCUUCUACUUUCCAGAGUUCCUGGAGAAUCAAAAUGGUUUUAACUUAGGCCAGCUUCAAAUAUCAAAAGAGAUGGUAAAUGAUGUUGUUCUGCCCAAAUGGGCCCACUCUCCAGAAGACUUCAUUUAUAAACACAGGAAGGCUUUGGAAUCUGAGUAUGUUUCUGCUCAUCUUCAUGAAUGGAUAGAUUUGAUUUUUGGCUACAAGCAGAGGGGACCAGCUGCAGUGGAGGCGCUUAAUGUGUUCUAUUAUUGUACUUACGAAGGGGCUGUGGAUUUGGAUGCUUUAACAGAUGAAAAAGAAAGGAAAGCUUUAGAAGGGAUGAUAAACAAUUUUGGGCAAACUCCCUGUCAGCUGUUGAAGGAGCCCCAUCCACAAAGGCUGUCAGCUGAAGAGGUAGUGCAAAGACUAACUAAAAGUGAUACCUCUACUCUGAAUCUCUUCCAACACCUCACUGAACUGAAGUCAUUCUUCAUAGAGGGAAUUAGUGAUGGUGUGCCCAUUGUCAAAGCUGUUGUUCCCAGGAAUCAGUCACGUUCCUUUAUUUCUCAGGGAAGCCCAGAGAUCUUGGUAACAGCAAGUCUGAACUGCAUUAUUGGAACUCAUGGUUGGCUACCUUAUGAUAAAAAUAUCUCCAACUAUUUUACAUUCAUCAGAGAUACCACAGUGACAAAUCCCAAAACCCAACGCAACAUGAGUGGUCCUUUUGCACCAGGGCUGGAGAUCACCUCAAAGCUGUUUGCAGUGUCCCAUGAUGCAAAGCUGCUCUUCAGUGGAGGACACUGGGACAACAGCAUCAGGGUGACAUCUCUUACGAAAGGCAAGCUGAUUGGACAGCACAUCAGGCACAUGGAUAUUGUGACCUGCUUGGCAAUAGACUACUGUGGAAUUCAUUUAAUUUCAGGCUCCAGAGAUACUACCUGUAUGAUAUGGCAAAUAGUUCAGCAGGGAGGAGUGCCUGUAGGCCUGGCACCUAAGCCAUUUCAGAUCCUUUAUGGGCAUACUGAUGAAGUUUCGAGUGUUGGCAUCAGCACUGAACUUGAUAUGGCAGUGUCGGGAUCCAGGGAUGGCACCGUUAUUGUCCGCACUAUUCGGAAAGGUCAGUACGUGAGGACUUUGCGACCACCUUGUGAGAGUUCUCUCCUGCUGACUGUUCCCAAUCUGGCUGUGUCCUGGGAAGGACAUAUAGUUGUCCACACCAGCGUAGAAGGAAAGACUACUCUUAAGGAUAAGAAUGCGUUACAUCUCUAUUCUGUCAAUGGAAAAUAUCUGGGUUCUGAGACUCUGAAGGAGGAAGUGUCAGAUAUGUGUGUGACUGGCGAGUAUAUCGUGAUGGGCAGCUUACAGGGAUUUCUUUCCAUACGGGAUCUCUACAGCCUGAGUCUGAGCAUCUCCCCCUUAGCCAUGCGACUGCCAAUUCACUGCAUUUCUGUCACCAAAGAGUACAGCCACAUCCUUGUUGGCUUGGAGGAUGGCAAGUUGAUUAUCGUUGGUGUUGGCAAGCCAGCAGAGAUGCGCUCAGGUCAGCUUUCCCGAAAGCUGUGGGGAUCAAGCAAACGGCUCAGCCAGAUUUCAUCAGGAGAGACUGAAUAUAACACUCAAGAUUCCAAGUGAUUGCUGCUUCUACCUUCUCUCACGGAUUCCAGAAACUUAUUUAAUCUUUUUGUCACUUUAAAUGUAUAAAUAUGCAAUCAGGGGCUUGAUUCUUAAGUCUAUUGAUGAAGAACCCAUGUUAGAGGUAUAGUAGUAAGCAUAUGUACUCAUGCAAGUUAGCUUGCUUGCAUAUUUUCUCUAACUGUGUUGACUUGGUCACAGCAGUAUCCCUCUCUCAACAGCUGCUAAAACUGUGUUUUGGGAGGGGAAAAAAACCCCAAAACCAAAAAACCCACAAGUUUCCAAACUCAAGCUUACUAAUUGAAUUUAAGAUAAGUAGCAUUUGAUGUAAAGCUGAAUAGGGCCAGAUGCUCCUUGAUCACAAAGAAGGUAUUUGGCUUUGCUUUGACAGCAUUGUUAUUCCCCAAUAAAUUAAAAUUCUGGCAGUUGCAAUGGUUGGAUUCAGAAUUGGGAUAGCUGACAGUUAUGACCUUCUCAAUAUGUUUUCUAGCCCAGUGAACAUUUUAUUGCAAUUUGUUCAUGUAAAUGGCUAUUGCUGUCUUCUUUUGUGCAGUUCCAGUUUUAGGCUGUUCUGCAAGGAACAUCUGUGUUGCACUACUUGAUUAUCAGAGAUUGUUUAAAGUACAGACAUGAAUAACUUAAAAGGAGUUGAGGUGGUGAAGGAGCUGAAGGAGGUAGGAAAUACUUGCUGCUGAAAAUUAUUUGUAUUGUCAAGUAGACUAAGACACACACCAAGAAAUCCCAUGGUAUAUUUAAUAUCUUGUAGAAAUACAGAGGAAGAAUCAUUAUCUUAUAUUGGUCAAAGAUCAAUCUGCUUCAUUAGUAAGGCAACUCCUGCAAAUAGAAGAUAAAUUUCCACUGCAGAAUCAUUAUGCAACAUUGCAGCACAAUUUAAUUAAAAAUAGCACCUGUUUGUUUCUUGACUUGGUGUUCACCAAACCAGUUGUUAGCCAUACUUUUUUCUGUAAAAACAAGCAGGGAAAAACAGAUGAACAUUUUGAAGAUGCAUUUAAGGCCUAGUAAAAGAAAAUACUAGAUCCUUACACGUGCUGUAUCCAAUUGCAUGCUAUGUUUUGGAGAAGGCAUUACUGGUUUGUUUUUUUUUUUUUCUUGGUUUACCAAUAUAUGAUGAUAGAAGGGUGUGCAUUUUCCUAUCAUUCUGACAUUUUUAUAAUGUUACUGAUUUAAAUGAUAAACCCCAUACUGUUGGAAAAGCCUGGUGCUGAGGGAAAAAUAUGAAUUUUUGGAUCAGCGUGUGAAGGUGUGUGUAUGUGUAUAUAUGUGUGUAUGUGUAUAUAUAUGUAUAUUCAUGUAUGUAUGUCUAUUAAAAGAGAAAAUACCAUGGGAUAAGGGGAGUAUAGAUACAAGGCUGAACUAUAAGUGAUUGUUAGAUAGCAUGUUCCCUUUUGGCUACCCCUUCCUUCCCUCUACCAUCACUUUUCUUGUUAUUUUUUAUUUAUUUAUUGAAAUGGAUGUGUGUUGUAUCUCUUGUAAAUGUCAUCAGAUAUUCCCUGUGGCUGGGGAGUUGUUGAACUACCUGAGGAACUGCAUAAUGUAUAAUCUCAUUUCAUUAACUUUAAGCACAAUAUUUAUUAACUUUGUAAAAAUAGUAAUACCUCCUUACCCUGCUAAAGGAUAAUCUUUACAAUUUCGAUUAGUCUCAUUAAAACUGAUUUCUCCUCCUCAAUUUCUUUACUGGAAAAAAAAAAUCCCUCUUAAUGACUGAUUAGUGUACUGUGUAAAGAAAGUUGUGUUGCUUUUUCUUAACUUUUGUAAAUGAAAUAAUAAAUCAGACUAGUGAACAAGUGGGUCUAUGCAUAGUUGCAAUAUUCUGACUAUCACUGUGACAGACUGGAUUGUCUGGAAAGUUAGGAGGAAGUAAGAAUUAUUUUCCCGAGUCACUUGCCAAGAGAGGAUUAAAUUUCCAAAAGUAGAGUGGUGUGGUUUCUUUUCAUACUGCAUGUAUGUAAAAAAAAAAAAAUUUACAACCACAUCCCAUAUUUUCAAGUAAGCUAUAGAGAACUGAAAAAUACUAUUUUUAAUCAGUUACCUCUCCAGUAAGAAUACUGAGGAUACUCUGGAAGUAUAAAGUUUGUACAUGAGAAUGUGAAGUAUGUUUGUCCAUUAUAAUUUCAUGAAGAAGGGAUUGCAGGGGAGCUCUUUAGAGAGUAGUUUAGAGGAAUUUCAGCUCAGAAUGUGAGAUUUUUCUGUGUUAUGGGAAAUUGAAAAACUCAGUUGGGACAUUGAGAUGAUGGGUUUUGUAAGCAUGCAUAUAUGUUGUGUUUAAAUGCAUAUAUGAGGCUAAGUGUUUAUUUGCAGGGGAAGGGGUCAGGAAAUUAUGAUGUUUUGGGCUAGCAGAAUAAAGUGGAAAAAUGGAGGAGAUGGGUCUUUCCUAGUGUUUGGUGAGAGCGAAGUUUUCUUUUUGGCACUUGCUUAGAGAGGUUUGCAUAAGGGUUUGAAAACAUCCUACUGUGGGUUAGGUAUGUUUAUACAAUAGUUGAAUUGACAUUUUUAGUAGUUUAAUAUUAAAGAAUACUGAAUACAGCGUGUCAGUUUAAGUAAAAUAUGUUGCAAUAAUUGGGGAGGAAAUAGUUUAUGAUGAAGACCUUUGACAUUUCAAUACCAACAUAUCAAUGCAUCACAAGCAUUGGGCGAUCUUCACAAAUACAUGGGACAGGUUUAAAUGUGGACAGUUCUUGGGCUCUCAAACUUGAGGCUAGUUUGUGUUCAGCACAAAGCAGCUGCAGCAUGAGGAGGGGGACAGAUGAGCUCUGAGCUGCUUUAUGCUCUAGGAAGAGUGGCAACAUCCACUGCCUUUUGAUCUUUUCUCUGGUCCUUGAGGGAUGGGAGGUAUACACCAUCACACACUUGGUGUCCUUGCCAGAGGCCUUCUGGAGAGACCUCCAUAGGUUUCAAGGUCUGCACUUUGCCUUUAUCUAAAACCAGCUUUAAGUAAAAGAUAAAAGUCGUAAGUGUGAGCAUUAGCUGGCAUGUUGUUUCUUUUGGUUUUAACUUAUUUGUAUAAAAAGUAGAAAAUAAUUUUUUAAAAAUAGAAAAUAAUUUUUCUGAUCAGUUGUUUAGGUCGGUUGAUUUGCAGUCUGUUAUGCAGUGCACUGUGAAUUAGUGAACUGACUUCCAUAGUUCUUCCAUUUCUUCAAGUCAAUAAAGCUUAGGAUCCCAUUUUGUUUGUCGUAUAGUAUUGGUGAAAUAACAUUAUUCUUUGGUUUUGAACAAAGAUUUAUCUGUAAAAAGUACAGCUGUGAGAUGAGAAUUCUAAUUAAGAAUUUAGAAUAAAAAAGUCUUAAGUGACAUUUGUUUCAUAGCACUACAUUUGUCACCAUCUUCUUGGUGAUACUGUUUUUAAUUUUUGGAGAAACUCGAAUUAUUUAUCAACGUUUAAGAUGUGCUUACCUUUGAAGAUGAGUAAGUAGGAGUGUAAAUAUAUAUAUCUAAAAGAAACUGAAAACUGACACGCUUUUCACACCUGUACAUAAAUGAGAUCAAGUAGUUAGCAGUAUUGAGUAACUUCUCCAUAGCACAGUUUUGAGCUUGGAUACCAAAGGAUAUUUAGAAGACAUCUCUCCUUUAUUUCAAGUAAAAUGUUUGCUAAAUUUCUCUUUAUCAAUUUACUUAUAAUUCAUGAUAGUAUUUUUAGUUGUCUUUUUAUAUAUAGUGAAGAAUCCCAUCUAGUCUUUGCUGAUUUUGUACUAUACAAGCAUACAGAAAGUGAAGUGCUUGCUCUUCAACUUAGCAUUUGACUUAUGCAAGUUUUUCUAUAUCAAUGUACUUGUUAUCUAUUACUUGCUCAUAGGAUAUCUAGAAACCACGUCUUCUAUCAUCCAUGUACCUUACCAGCACUAAAUAAUAAUCUCAGUGUUAAACUAACUGCAUUUGUCCUGAUGGUUAAUACACAUUAUGGAAAUUAGGUUUUAGGAAGCCUGUUGGAUUUAGAAAGAAAGG